AGAGCGCAUCAGUCACACAAACAGUGCGUGGUGUCGGUGCCUGGACGAGAGCAAACGGAUAUAAAACCAAAUCUAAAUCUGGACAGAGGCAGCUGUCAGCGGCAGAAACCUGAACAGGUGGCUCCUUCAGUGUCUUAGCAGAGCGCGUCAAGGCGCAGAAAACCUCAACAGCUUGUCUCUGGUCGCUAAUCCCUUUCUCUGACGACAGCGCAUUCACUGUUCGAGCGCGUAAAACCAGCAGCGCGGCCGCUCUUAGGGUCUUUGGAAGUGAUCAGUCAUCGGGAUUUGUACUCAUCAGACUCGGUGUUGGACGCGUGGACAUCACCGUCUCUGUUGCUCUGAGGCUGGAUUGACAGACAGAGUUGGAAUAAAAUGACUCUCUCUUGGAUUUUAUAAUCUCUUCUGUGUGUUUGGAUUCUCAAAGAGCUGUAAAGACUCACACUGAAAAACACAACACAGCAUGUUGCCAGAAAUAAACAACAAGACGUCACGACCGGAGGCUUUCCCUCACCCGCACAGACUCCCAGCAGAGGGAAGCAGGAUUGGAACAAACCGACCCUGCUCACAGAAGUUCAGCUCUGGUGUCGGGACUUUGCCUCAGCUGGAGCCACCGGUGGUCCAGGUCGUGGUCAGCAAUGCCAAAAACCAGCACCAGCAGUCGGACAACAUCCUGCCCCAAAUUGCCAACAAAGGGGGUCAAAACAACUUUCAGUCAAACUCAGAUGAGAGGCCGAAGCCCACCCAGCCAUUCACCACGCGAUUUGGCACACCGAUGGACAAAGUGCCAUUCUCUCGCAAUAGCAAGAUCGUCGGCAACAAAGUCGAGAAGGAGAAGGCAUAUGAGGGUCAGAGGUUACCCAUGACACCCACAGAAGCACUGAAGAACUUCAAGGACCGACUGACGGGGUUUGAGCAGGAGGAAAUCAUGGACUACUCAGAGAUCUGGUUCAUGGGUCUGGGCUGUCAGAAAAUCGAAGGUUGCCAAGGAACUCCACAAAACUCUGGAUAUGACGACGAGCACGGAAGCUACAUCAGGGUGCUGCACGACCACAUAGGCUACAGGUUCGAGGUGCUUGAAGUGAUUGGGAAAGGCUCCUUUGGGCAGGUCCUAAAAUGUCUGGACCACAAAAACAAUGAACUCGUCGCCAUCAAGAUGAUACGCAACAAGAAGAGGUUUCAUCAUCAGGCCCUUGUUGAGCUGAAGAUCCUGGAUGUAAUAAAGCGGAAAGACAAGGACAAUCUUCACAACGUCAUCCACAUGAAGGAGUACUUUUACUUCCGAAACCACCUCUGCAUCUCCUUUGAGCUCCUAGGGGUCAACUUGUAUGAGCUCAUCAAAAAAAACAACUUCCAGGGCUUCAGCCUCGCACUCAUCCGUCGCUUUGCCCACGCUCUCCUCAGGUGCCUGCAGAUGCUGCACAGGGAGAAGAUCAUCCACUGUGACCUCAAACCGGAGAACAUCCUUCUGUCUCAGAGAGGACCGGGGAACAUCAAGGUAGUGGACUUUGGGUCGAGCUGUUAUGAACAACAAAGAGUGUACACCUACAUCCAGAGCCGCUUCUACCGCUCCCCAGAGGUCAUCCUGGGUCACAACUACAACAUGGCCAUCGACAUGUGGAGUCUGGGCUGCAUCCUCGCUGAGCUCUACACGGGCUACCCGCUCUUUCCAGGAGAGAGUGAAGUGGAACAGAUUGCUUGUAUAAUGGAGGUUCUUGGAAUGCCUCCGAAUGACUUUGUUCAGUCAGCAUCGAGGAGGAAGUUGUUCUUUGACUCCAAAGGAAACCCGAGGAACAUCACAAACAGCAAGGGGAAGAAGAGAAGGCCAAACUCCAAGGAGCUGUCGGACACUUUGAAAACGAAUGAUGUUUUAUUCUUAGAUUUCAUCAAACAGUGCCUCACUUGGGACCCGACCAAGCGUAUGACUCCCGAUGAGGCGCUACAGCACGCCUGGAUCCUGGAGGGGAAUUUCAACAAAGUCCGGCCAAGAACCAGGCCGACAGUGAAGAAGGCCUCGGACAGUUCCACCAGCUCAGAAAGACAAACUAAUGGCAAGCCUGAGAACAUCAGCUCAGGGAGCAACACUGCAGACAAGCUGAAGAGAGACAGCUCGGAGACAGGAGCGACCGAGCGUCUGCGGCCCAUUGGCGCUUCGGCAGAGGAGGAGGUGUGUGAAAACACCUCACAGCAAGGAGGCGGUGAGCGGCCUGUUCAUAUCAUCAUCAAACCUCAGGAGGAAGUGGGCACAGAGAGAAAAGACAGCCAGGAAUCGUCUCAGUGUUUGCCACCUAUCAUGUAACAGUUCCAAAAAAGAUGGGCUGCGUCUAUGUCCAAGUGGGAACACUGGCAGACAUUCAGACUCAAUAUCCCACUGACUGAGUUUGUGCGAGUGCAAGUAAAUGGACGGCUGGGAGAAAGUUGCUGCUGCUGGUGCUGCUGUGUCAAAAAAAACAAUGUUUGAGACAAGAAAGUUCCUGAGUUUAAGGUGGAAAGAGGAGGUUUUCUAUCAACGGGUAGAAACCAAACCAGUUCCUACAGGCGGUGAACAAAGGUGGCGGGGGAUGCACUGAUCAUCAGCAGAGAUAUAUCUUCUAUUUAUUGUUUAAAUUUCAUAGUGUUUUCUUCUUAUUAUUAUUAUUGUUAUCAUUAUUCUGUGAAGCUCUUAGUUUGUUGUGACAGUGAUGUCAUUGAACUAGCUGUCUGCCACGGGAGGACGUCCUCAUUGAGUUUUAAUGAAAUUCAAAACACCGUCUCCUGUUACUGUCUUCUGGAUUAUUUAUUGAACCCAAUCUUUGCUGCGCAUUGACAUCUCUAAAAAAAACAAAACAAAAAAAAAACAGGUUUGAUGAAUACAUUUUUACCUCGUGAAGUAAAAACAGUAUCUCAUCUGUUCUUGCUUGACAUUUUAUCCUCAGUUUACUUUCAUGAAAGAAUUGUUUGCAAUGAAGGCUGAGCCAAAAUGUUGUUUUUUUUAAAUCAUGUUAACUAAGAAAUUAUUUGUUGUGUACUUUGUAAUUGAAGUUGGCAGUCGCUGUCCUGAUUGAUCAAUCAAUCAUCAUUAUACUUAUUUAUUAUGAAAUGUGAUUGAUCCUAUGUUUAAGAUUCCUGUAACUAUUCAAUUAACAGUCAUACAAUGUGUAUUUCUAAUUGAGUCCGUUGUAUAUACAGUACAUAUAUAUUUCUGUUGUAAUUAUACGUGUAAUACAGAACUAUUUUAAGGUAUUUGUUGAGGGUCUAGACAAGGUUUUACUUGUUGUGUCGUGACUGUAAGAAAACAGUUUUUGUUUGUGUUAUUCAUAUUUUUUUAUAUUAGAGACGAAAAGACAAUCCUACUAUCGAUAGUUUGUGCCUUGCAGUAUUAGAAAUCUUGCACUUUACUCUUGGAUUAGAUCUGGAUUAGAAAACGUUGGAUUCUUACCUGUCAGACAGUUAAGGGUUUUGACGACCAUGUCAGGAUCCCUUCAUCUGGCAAAGUGAUGUCUCUACUAAUGUUGCAGGACAUGAUGAAACAUUAAUUGUUUACCCUCCUUGUACAGUUGUUUGUCUUAACUCGCCAACAGAAAUCCAAAUUAAAUUGGAGAUAGACACUAUCAGCGAAGCAACCAGAGAUCCCAAGAUGACGGCUUGUAGCUGGAAAAAGUCGAGAAAAGUAAUUUUUAUGUCUUUUAUGAUGAAAUAAAAUU